AUGUAUAAAGACGACGGGGAUAAGCCAAAGGCAGUUAGGGCUGACAUAACAGAAGCGCGAUGUAAGCAACAUCCGACGGAAAGAGCUAUCUUUCUUUGUAAACAUCAUGAAACGAUGAUUUGUGGAAGUUGCCUUCAUUCGGAACAUCCUUCUUGCUUACAAGAAGUCGUUGACAUGCUGCAUGCAGAUAUUAGUAUUAGCUGCGAUCAAGUCAACAAGAUGAAAUCACUUUUCAUGGAGUUAAAAGAUGCAAUUCUGCUUUUAAAAGAUGAAGCGGAACACAGUAAGGAGAGCUACAAGAAAAAUGCGGACAAAUGUUUGCAAGAAUGUGUAGAAUUAGGAAAUAAGAUCAAACAACGUGUAGAUAAUGAGAACAGUAAUAUUAGAGACGGAAUUACAAAGAAACAUGACGAAAACGUUAGAACAUAUUCUCGUAUUACUAAGAUGUGUGAUGAGAAAAUCAAGUGGUGUGACGAUGAAGAAAUUAAAAUUGAUUAUUUUGUUCACUAUAAUAAGGCAGGUUUCUUGUACCUCAUGAAUAGAUAUUUUGAAAGAGACAUUUUGGACGCUAGAUCCGACCUCAACGAAAUCAAGCGCAAACACAUUUUAAGAAAGAUUGACUUUGAAGAAAAUAAAUUAAUUCUGAAAUGUUUGUUGGAGGACUUGGAGGAAGAUUGUGAAGAAGAGGAAGAAGUUACUGGGAGUGACGAUGAUAAUGCCACCGAUGAUGUCGCAUGCACAAAGGAAAUACCCAAGACACGGCGGGAGAUCACUGCACUAAUGAAUCAGGCCAAACACGACUUAGAAAAAUCAGAAAAGGGAAGACAGAAACUCGAGGUGGAGUUAAAACAAACGAAAGAAGACUUGAAUCGAACUGAAAGGGCACGACUGAAUGUCGAGGUUGAGUUCGAACGAACGACACAAGACUUGUAUCGAAUGGAAAGGGCACGACAGAAACUCGAGCUGGAGUUAAAACAAACGAAAGAAGACUUGGAUCGAACUGAAAAGGCACGACUUAAUGUCGAGUACGAGUUAGAACAAACGAAAGAAGACUUGGAUCGAAAUGAAAGGGCACGACUGAAUGUCGAGGACGAGUUAGAACAAACGAAAGAAGAUUUGGACCGAACUGAAAGGGCACGACAGAAACUCGAAGUCGAGGUAAAACAAACGAAAGAAGACUUGGAUCAAACUGAAAGGGCACGAGUGAAUGUUGAGGUUGAGUUAGAACGAACCAAACAAGACUUCGAUCGAACGGAAAGGGCACGACUGAAUGUCGAGGACGAGUUAAAACAAACGAAAGAAGACUUGAAUCGAACUGAAAGGGCACGACUAAUUGUCAGCAUUCAGUUCAAAAAAACGACACAAGACUUGUAUCAAAUGGAAAGGACACGGCAGACACUCGAGGUGGAGGUAAAUCAAACGAAAGUAGACUUGAAUCGAACUGAAAAGGCACGCCAGAAACUUGAGGUGGAGGUAAAACAAACGAAAAAGAACUUGGAUCGAAUUGAAAAGGCACGCCAGAAACUUGAGGUGGAGGUAAAACAAACGAAACAGUACUUGGAUCAAACUGAAAGGUCACGAGUGAAUGUCCUGUCUGAGUUACAACGAACGAAAGAAGACUUGGAUCGAACUGAAAGGGCAGGACAGAAACUCGAGGUGGAGUUAAAACUAUCGACAAAAGACUUGGAUCGUAUUAAAUGGGAAAGAGCAAUAUUCCAGGCACAGCUGUCACAUAUAAAAGACUGCUUCACAUGGACUCAGCCAGCCGGUACAGUUAAUGUCUCAGAGUGCAUGUAUGAAGUCAUCGAGCUCGUUUUUACAAUCCCGGAUGGCAUUCAGACGAGACUCCAUCCGUCCCCGGGAAAACCGUAUAACGGUGGCACGUUCACAGGGCGUUUGAGAGUAAACGAUGAGGAAAACAAGGUGGUAUGUAGGAUGUUGAAGGCGGCUUUCAGGAGGGGACGGAUGUUCACCUUUGGGAAUAACGGGGAAAUUGUCCUAGAUGGCGUCUCAUUGUAUGAUCAUCAACUGAUUGGAUGGAGGUCGUAUUUGUGGGGGAACUACGCUAAAUACAUACAGACGGUAAAAGAAGAGCUCAUAGUCAAAGGCAUCACAGAGGAGGACAUUGAUCAAACGGGGAAGUUGGGAGAAACAUUCACUGUUGAUGGUUUAUCUUUGAUCGAAGCUUUUCCGAGUUCUUAAAUGCGCUGAUAGUGGAGUGGGCAGACACAGCAUUACAGAGACGAAUGAAGAGCUACUAAAGACGAAUCUUAAAAAACGGACUUUCUGUCGAUUGUCUGUGAAUUGCUCUUGUGUCUCUCUCAAUGACCUUAUG